CCUCUUCCUCCUUCUCCGCCUCCUCCUGCUCUCUCUGGGUCCGCGGCCGCCGGGCAUGGCGGUACCGCGGCUCCUGCGGGCAGCAGCCCCGCGGUUCUACAGCAGCCUCCCGGCCCCAGAACCAGCCCCGGUCCCGGUCCAACCCCGCGACGAGGAUGACAGACUGCUGUCCGAGCCCCUCAAGCACCCCGACUUCUUCAACCUGAAGGAGCUCUUCUCCCUGAAAGAUCUCUUCGAUGCCCGGGUGCACCUGGGGCACAAAAAGGGGUGUAGGCACCGGUUUAUGGAACCCUACAUUUUCGGCUGCCGCCUGGAUCAGGACAUCAUCGACUUGGAUCAGACGAUGCAGCACCUCCAGCUGGCCCUGAACUUCACGGCCCACGUCGCCUAUCGCAAGGGCAUCAUCCUCCUGGUCAGCCGCAAGCGACAAUUCUGCCACCUGGUGGAAAGCACCGCGCGGGGCUGCGGGGAAUACGCCCACACCCGGUACUGGCAGGGGGGGCUCCUCACCAACGCCCAGGUCCAGUUUGGGGCUGGAGUUCGCCUUCCCGACCUCAUCAUCUUCCUCAGCAGCCUCAACAAUGUCUUCGAGCCCCACGUGGCCAUCCGGGAUGCUGCCAAGAUGAACAUCCCCACGGUGGGGGUGGUGGACACAAACUGCAACCCCUGCUUGAUCACCUACCCCAUCCCUGGGAAUGAUGACAGCCCCAGUGCCAUGGAACUCUACUGCAAGCUCUUCAGGAUGACCAUCAUCCGUGCCAAGGAAACCAGGAAGCAAAGGGAGAUCUUUGGGGAGCUGCGGAGGGAAGGGCAGGGCAAAGAAACCCCCAGGGAUGGAUGACAGGAUCCCUGCUCUGUUCCUUGUGGGUGCUGCGGGAUUAAGCCUGCACCCAGAGCUUCUGGGAGCUGAGCAGUGAGGGGGGGCUCUAGCUCAAAACAGAGUUAUCUUCCUAAAAAGAGACAGGGGCAGCUCAGCCCCAGCUCCUGUCCCUGUGUUUGUCCCUCUUGCAAGCCAGCCCUGUCCCUGUCCCCUGCUCUCCUUGCUCCUGAGCUGGUGACCUGACGUGGAACCCCCUGUGUCCUGCACCUCUUUGGCCAAUAAAGGGCUUGGUGAUCCUUUUUCCUUC